AGUUAUAGCAAAGGAAGUACUAAUUGUCCUUGGCAGUAAAAAACUUAGCAUGGCUUUUCAUUUUUUAUAGUAAAAGGAAAUCUCUUAUCAUGCUCUUUGAAGUGACUUGAUCCCUAAAAAAAUGCAUCAAAACAUGAGUGCAUGCCUGAAGCUUGCUGUUUCUUUGAUUUCUAAUGUUGUCGCGACCAUAAAACACAGCAUGACAUGAAUGAGGAGCAUAUGAAGGAUUCUUUGAAGAUGAGUGAGGGAUGUGUGUGUUACAUAUGAAAAUUUGAUGAUUGUGAAUUCUAUUUUACUGUUUCAACAGACGAAUCUUCAUAGAGCAGCCUCUAGGAAAGACAAAAAUAGAGGGAGGCAUCAUAAUUUAACUCAACAGAAGAGGCAAGAGAUCAGAGAAGCAUUUGAACUUUUUGAUAUUGAUAAUUCAGGCACUAUCGAUGCCAAAGAGUUGAAUGUUGCAAUGAGGGCGCUUGGUUUUGAGAUGACAGAAGAGCAAAUCAAUCAAAUGAUUGCCGAUGUAGACAAGGAUGGAAGUGGUGCAAUUGAUUAUGAUGAAUUCGAACUAAUGAUGACUGCCAAAAUUGGAGAAAGGGACACAAAAGAGGAGCUCAUGAAAGCUUUCCGCCUUAUUGACCAAGAUAACAAUGGAAAAAUAUCUUUUGAAGAUAUCAAGAAAAUUUCAAAGGAGCUGGGCGAACACUUCACAGAGAGAGAGAUUCGGGAGAUGAUUGAGGAGGCAGACCGGGAUCACGACAGCGAAGUUAAUAUGGACGAGUUCAUUCGGAUGAUGAGGAGGACGUCAUUAGGCUAUUAAUGCUUCCAGUUUGUGAACCUCUGCAUGAGCUGGAGGUUUCCUACUUAGAGCGAUGGAUGUGUGGCAUUCCGUGUGUGGUCUGUUUGUACAUACAGUGCACAUUUAAA